AACAAAAAAAAACGCAUUGUACCAAAUUAACAAAAAAUAAAAGGAAACAGUAAACGAAAGUGUCGUCCUACAAAGCCUAAAACCUUGGGAAAGAGAAAGACGAAUAUUUUCAGUUAGGGCCAAGUCCAACCCAAUUAUCUAUUCUUCUUCUUCGCCACUCUCUUUGCUUUAUCCUUUCCCGGAGUUACCCUUCCCCUACUACAUCUCCAUCGAACCUCGGCUUUGCUUUCCCACCCCAUCUCUCUCCAUUUCCAUGGAGUUUGAGGUGAGACACGUAGCAGGAGUACAAGACUGCUUUGUAUCUCUUCCUCUACUACUUAUCCAAACCCUUCAAUCAACGCGCUCUUCUCUCCUCCCUCCCCUUCUCUCUCUCGAGCUUCGCCUCCCAAGCGAAUCCGCCCACCCCUGGAUCGUUGCUUGGUCCGGCGCUACGUCUUCUUCCACCGCUAUUGAGGUUUCUCAACAAUUCGCCGAAUGUAUAUCGUUGCCAAAUCGUGCCAACGUUCAAGUACGAGCUACUUCUAAUUUGGCUAAGGCUACAUUAGUCACAAUUGAACCUCAUACCGAGGAUGAUUGGGAAGUUUUAGAGCUUAACUCUGAGCAAGCUGAAGCUGCUAUAUUAAACCAGGUCAGGAUUCUCCAUGAAGGAAUGCGAUUUCCUCUGUGGUUGCAUGGCCGUACGAUCAUAACCUUCCUUGUGGUUUCAACCUUUCCCAAGAAAGCAGUGGUUCAACUUGUUCCUGGAACCGAAGUUGCCGUCGCUCCAAAGAGACGUAAGAAAAAUUUAAACAACAUGGAAUCAUCUACUGGAGAAUCUCAGGGUGCAAAAGCACUACUACGCAUACAAGAUUCAGACAGAAGAUUGUUUCAUAAAUGUAAUGUCAAAGGUGUUGAGCUAGGGGUAGCACUUACUUCUGUUGCCUUUAUUCAUCAAGAAACAGCUAAAAGAUUUUCAUUGGAGUCUCUUCAGUUGGUUAUUAUGGUGCCAAGAUUAUCAUCCAAAGAGAGCGUGAAUAAUCUGGAAAAUGAUGCCUCGAGAAUGAAAGGAAGUCUAACUUCGAAGGAAGUAAAUGGUGGAAUUUCAACUGAUAACAAGGAAUUUCGUCAAGUGAUUGUUCGCCUUUUAAUUUCAGAUUCUGUUGCUAAAGGACAUAUAAUGAUUACUCGCUCUCUUCGACUUUAUUUGAGAGCAGGACUACAUUCAUGGGUUUAUUUAAAGGGGUAUAAUGUUGCUUUGAAGAAGGAAAUUCCUGUACUUUCACUUUCUCCAUGCCAUUUUAAGAUGGUUGCAAAUAAUAAGGCUCUUGGUAAUGGGCUUGAAGUGCUUGAUGGCCAUAAAACUCUUAGGACAAAAAAUUCACUUCCUAUAUCUGGUUCAGGAACCUCUUUGGAGGUAGUAAAUUGGUCAAUCCAUGAUAAUGUUGUUGCUGCUCUUUCUUGUGAAUUUACUGGCCAAGAUGGUGAAGACUCCAGUCAUCAAGACACUAAGAAGGGCUUAGAGUGUCUUCUUCAGACAUGGUUUCUUGCUCAACUUGAUGCUAUAGCUUCAAUUGCAGGGAUGGAAGUUAAUACAUUGGUUUUGGGAAAUGAAAAUCUACUUCACUUUGAGGUGAAUAGAUAUGAUUCUGGGGCUUAUGGACUUGUCUCAUCUAAUGGUUUUUCAGAGAAGAGAAAUAAGACAAAAGAUUUGUCAAUGGAAAUUUCAUACAUAUUAACCAUCUCAGAGGAAACACUGCACGGUGGAAAGGUUAAUGCAUAUGAACUUGCCCUUGAUGAUAAAAACAAGACGAAUAAUGUUCAGGGAGGUGUAGAGUUGUUUGGAAAGCUAAAUUUGGGUAACCCUGUGUCCUUGUAUUCUGUUAAAGACAGAAAAUCUGUCAAGGGGUUUAGUACAAAUGUAUCUUCAUUAAGCUGGAUGGGUGCGACUGCUUCUGAUGUUAUCAAUAGAAUGAUGGUGUUGCUAUCUCCUGCUUCUGGAAUUUGGUUUAGUACGUACAAUCUUCCUCUCCCAGGACAUGUUCUAAUAUAUGGACCUGCGGGUUCUGGAAAGACAUUAUUGGCAAGAGCUGUUGCAAAGUCCCUUGAAGAACAAGAAGACCUGUUAGCUCAUGUAAUCUUUAUAUGUUGCUCACAACUUGCUUUAGAGAAGCAUGUGACCAUUCGUCAAGCUCUUUCAAGUUUCAUAUCUGAAGCUCUUGAUCAUGCACCUUCAGUUGUCAUUUUUGAUGAUCUUGAUAGCAUCAUCCAAUCUUCAUCUUACUCAGAAGGAUCCCAGCUUUCAACCUCAGUUGUUGCACUUACUAACUUUCUCACUGACAUUAUGGAUGAAUAUGGGGUAUAUAUCUUUGUGAUGCCCAUAUGUCCCUCAUUUCCCUAUUUGGAAAAGAGGAAGAGCUCCUGUGGUAUUGGUCCAAUAGCUUUUAUAGCUUCUGUGCAAUCUCUGGAGAGUAUCCCCCAAUCUUUGAGCUCAUCAGGAAGGUUUGACUUUCAUGUGCAACUGCCUGUACCUGCUCCCUCUGAACGUGGGGCCAUAUUGAAGCAUGAAAUUCAGAGGCGUUCCCUACAAUGUCAUGAUGAUAUCUUAAUGGAUGUAGCUUCCAAAUGUGAUGGAUAUGAUGCAUAUGAUCUGGAAAUAUUGGUUGAUAGAGCUGUUCAUGCUGCCAUUGGUCGAUUUUUACCUUCUGAUUCUGGCUCUGAGGAACACAUGAAGCCUGUACUAGUUAGGGAUGAUUUCUCUCAAGCUAUGCAUGAUUUCCUUCCAGUUGCCAUGCGUGACAUUACUAAAUCUGCUCCUGAAGUUGGUCGCUCUGGUUGGGAUGACGUUGGUGGUCUUAAUGACAUUCAGGAUGCUAUCAAAGAGAUGAUUGAACUGCCUUCAAAGUUCCCAAAUAUAUUUGCACAAGCUCCUUUAAGGUUGCGAUCUAAUGUUCUCUUGUAUGGUCCUCCUGGCUGUGGCAAGACUCACAUUGUUGGUGCUGCUGCUGCUGCUUGUUCACUAAGAUUUAUAUCGGUGAAAGGGCCUGAGCUACUGAACAAAUACAUUGGUGCUUCUGAGCAAGCUGUUCGAGAUAUUUUUUCAAAGGCAGCUGCUGCAGCACCAUGCCUCCUCUUUUUUGAUGAAUUUGAUUCCAUUGCCCCUAAAAGAGGGCAUGACAACACUGGAGUAACUGAUCGAGUUGUUAAUCAAUUCCUAACUGAAUUAGAUGGUGUCGAAGUCUUGACUGGUGUAUUUGUGUUUGCUGCAACAAGUAGACCAGAUCUACUUGAUGCUGCAUUGUUGAGACCAGGUAGGCUUGAUCGCCUCCUUUUCUGUGAUUUUCCAUCUCAGCGUGAGAGGUUGGAUAUUCUGACUGUUCUUUCUAGAAAGCUACCAUUGGCCAGGGAUGUUGAUUUAGGCGCCAUAGCUUAUAUGACAGAAGGAUUUAGUGGAGCUGAUCUCCAAGCUCUUCUUUCAGAUGCGCAGCUCGCUGCAGUUCAUGAACAUUUGAACAGUGCGAAUAGCAAUGAGCCUGGAAAAAUGCCAGUCAUAACUGAUGGUGUUCUGAAGUCUAUUGCUUCGAAAGCAAGACCGUCAGUUUCAGAAUCUGAGAAGAAGAGACUUUAUGGCAUCUACAGUCAGUUUCUGGAUUCGAAGAGAUCCGUCGGUGCACAGUCGAGGGAUUCUAAAGGCAAGAGGGCAACGCUGGCAUGACCAAUAGAAAGAGUCAUCGCUGCCCAUUUUUCGUGGAAUUGAAAGAUCUACGUUGGAUUCCUCUUUUUUCUUUUCAAUUUUAUACCUAAAUCAUUCUUUCAAACCUGAAUCCAUGAAGGUUGAGGAUAGUUUUGGUGUCGCAAUUGUUGUAUGUUAAAAAAAUUCUACGUUGUUCUUGCCAUGGAUGGUGACGCUUGAUUAAUUCCCUUGUUUCAAAACAAGGGCCAAUAGAAUAAUGGGCUUAAACAGGUAUCUUGCAGGUAUCUGGGUAAGGCCGGGCCCAGAAUAUAUUGAAUAUUAGUUAUUUAUGUAUUUUAAUCAAAAUGUGAAUCACUUUUUUAUUUUUAUUUUAGGGCAGU